AUGACCCCUUCGCAGAUCGGUGUUCAGCUGCGUGACUCGCAGGGUAUUGCCCAGGUGCGUUUCGUCACUGGUAACAAGAUUCUCCGUAUCCUCAAGUCGCAGGGUCUUGCUCCUCAGAUCCCCGAGGACCUGUACCACCUCAUCAAGAAGGCCGUCUCGGUGCGAAAGCACCUCGAGCGCAACCGCAAGGACAUGGACUCCAAGUUCCGUCUCAUUCUCAUCGAGUCGCGUAUCCACCGUCUUGCCCGUUACUACAAGACCAAGGGUGCCGUCGCCCCCACCUUCAAGUACGAGGCCGCCACCGCUUCCACCCUCGUUGCUUAA